AUUGACAGCUACCGGCGGCCAAUGGGAGGCGCGAUCUCCGCGCAGGGGGCGUGGCGGCAAACGCAGCCGGCCAACGGCGAGCAGGGAGGAAGGAGGGACGUCGUGUCAGCGCGAGGCGUUCGCUGGUAACGGUUCCCGAAGAGAACGGAGGACGGAGAGGCGGACGGAAGGAUCCUUCCCGGUGCGAUGAUUGGCUCUCGAGGGAUGCAGCGGUGACCCCGUACCUGGAGGAGGAUUGAAUCGGGAGUGUCACCAUGGUGGAGAAGGCUCGCUGUCCCGUGCAGAGGGACACAGUGUACCGCUGGUUCUCCGAACUCAGCUCCUGGCAACGGAUCGAGUUCCUGUGCGGCUUGCUGGACCUGGGCCUGCCGCUGGAGCUGCGCUUCCUGGGCUCCUGCCUGGAGGAUCUGGCCCGCAAGGACUACCACUCACUGCGCGACUCGGAGAUCAAAGCAAACAACUCGGCCGAUCUGGCCGCCCUCACGAACCUGAGCGACGAGGUGGUCCGCAGCAAGCUGCUGGUUUCCCUGGCCCUGUUAUCCUCGGAGAAUCGGGAGGCGGCUGGGGUGCUGUGCCGGACCCUCACUCACAUGGACUCCAUCAUCAACAACCUGGGCCUACAACUGAACGAUGGACGUACUGGGGACGAGUUCCUGCUGCUCUUCACCAUGGCCACCAAUCACCCGGCCUUCAGCUUCCACCAGAAGCAGCUGCUCAGGAAGGAGCUGGCACACCUCCAGGGCAGGCAUGGGGCUACCGGGCACGGCGUGCCCACCGCCACCACCACCACUGUCACCAGCAGCAAGGGCUCCUCCAUAUGCCCCAAGCUGCCACCGCGGACAGAGACCACCGCUAUGAGCGUCGCUAACAGCUUAGCAAAUGCACUACAUACAUCAGCACAUUCCAUAGAAGAUCCGCUACCGAAGAGGCCUUCCGGAAAGCACUCGAAAGGUGAGGAGGGGCAUUCUCUGAGAUCUGGUCGGGGGGAUGACGCCGUCCUUGCCUGGGCGCUGCAGGAUGACGCCGUCCUCGCCUGGACGCUGCAGGAUGACGCCGUCCUCGCCUGGACGCUGCAGGAUGACGCUGUCCUCGCCUGGGCGCUGCAGGAUGACGCCGUCCUCGCCUGGGCGCUGCAGGAUGACGCCGUCCUUACCCAUGUAUUUUGGUCGGAUUCCUCGGUAUCGCUGGUAACAAAAUCUGCAGCGGAAGUUUCGGAGCUCAUAUCCAAGCUCUCCCAUCUGUACUCUGAAGAUUUGGAGAAAUGCAUUCCAUACCGUGGCAGCGUGGACUCCUAUUCCAUGGACAGGAACCACGUGGAUCUGGAUUUAGAUCUCCGGUAUCUGGUGUGCCUGCCGCCUCAUGUGCUAAAGAAUGACCUCAUCAAGAAGUUCUUCAGCAGCGUAACGAGCCCCCAACAGCAUCAAAGCUUGAGUCCCAGCAACCCGACCCAUGUUAAAGUGAACACGGCAUUGGGCCCCUCUAUACGGCCCAUAUGCGGUGUCGCCAGCAUCCAGUCUUCCCACAGCAGCAUUGCACUGCACCACGGUGGCGGCGGGGCCACCAUCGGCGGAUCACCAUGUCUCAGCUCCUCCGCUGUGACAUACCGACCGCAGCUGGAGGCCGCCUCUACCGCCAUCGCCCCCAGCGUGCCGAGCCCUCAGACUCAAGAACAGCAGGACAUCCUGGAGUGGCUGCGGAAGUUGCGUCUGCACAAAUACUACGCCGUUUUCAGCCAGCUGUCCAUGAAGAAGUUCUUGAGUCUCACCGAGGAAGAUCUGAACAAGUUCGAGUCCCUCACGAUGGGCGCCAAGAAGAAGCUAAAGACCCAGCUGGAGCUGGAGAAGGAGAAAUCGGAGAAGAGGUGUCUCAAUCCGGCUCCGUGUACCUUCACAAGCAGCGGGGUAGCCAGGGUCCCCCCCACUAGCCACGUGGGGCCAAUGCAGAGCAUCCACUACAGCCAUUCUACAGAACUGUCUGUAGAUGUGGAGGCGACAAGUUCUCAAAUGCCUCAAGAAGGCAGCUCGUCUUCCGAGUACUCCAGUUCCCCUUCCAGCCCAAUGGGACUCCAGACACGAGAGGAGAGCUCGGACAGCGCCGAGGAAACGGACCGGCGUCUCGGCAGACACUUGGACUGCGCAGAGAAGGAAAAGUCCGUCUUGUUGGUGAAUCACUUCACGUCGACGUCGCUGCGCCCGACAGCUCAGGUUCUGCCUGUUCAGAAUGACACCGGAUCCAGCGCUUCGGGCCACCCCCCUCUGCCAAUUCAGAUCAUUACUGGGGCCCCAUCUCAUAUGGCUCCCCUGCACCUCAUCAACGCGCUGCACAAGUCAGACCGAGGCGGCGCUGACAUCAAACUCCUCCAGUCAUCUCCGCACCCUCUCUCGUCUUCAGAGGAACGCACCAAAUCGGCGGCGGCCCCCCGAAGCAGCAUGAAAAUGGAGAGAAGCUUUGGGGGCCUGCUGCUCGAUGUCAAAGCCCCGUCCAGCCCUUUGCAGUCCGGACAGUUUCUCUCCAUAAUGCCCGACAGCAGCGCAAUGGCUCAGAGUGCGGCCUUCGGCGUCCGCGGCAAAGUCGGCAGUCCCGUGUCCGGGGAGAGGAUGGUGAAGCCGACUUCGUUGAUGUUGGACAGCGGCACGCCAGCCACCCCGUCAUCAGCCCCGGUCUUCCACGUCACCCGCACCCCGGUGAAGCUCCUGGUGUCAUCCGCUGACUCUUCCACGGUCGGGCCGAUGUCAUGUUCCAGCGUCGCGCCCGCAAUAUUAAGCCCCAGAAACGUUCUCUAUACAGCCAAUACCAAAGUUGCCUUCUCCACCAUGAGCGGCGCGCCCGUAGCUCAGAUGUCGGGCAACUACUGUGCACACAGCAAUGUCUCUCCGAGCGGCCUGACCUCUACGCCGUACAGCAGCCUAGCCAAUGUACCCAGCUGCCCGGUGCCCAGCUCAAGCCCGACGUCCGUGACCGACAACAGCUACUACAGCAGCGGAGGGAACUCGCCCACCAUGAACUUGCAAGUUGCCAGCCAGGCAUCAGGACACCACCACCUACACCACCACCAACAGCAGUCCCAGGCGGGGUGCAGCUCGUGCGGGUGCAGCGGCAGCUGCGGGAGCGGCGGCGUGGCUGUCAACUACGGCAACUAUUUUCAGCACUUCUCAGCGCCCUCCAUGUUUCCGUUUUCUCUCAUGCCCUUCAGCCCCAUGUGCAAUAACGGGUACAUCAACACCCAGCAAUACAACAACAGCUCCUCCUUCCCCGUCAUUCACAACCCCUACAGCAACAGCAUGAACCCCGACUCUAUGCUGACGGGGCAGCCAAGCUUCUCCAUACCCCCCAUGCAAAACUUUAUCACCGGCACAGCGGGGGUGUACCAGCCUCAGGGAAUGAUGGGAGCCAUUAACGGCAUGCUGCACAAGAAGAGUGGCAACGUCUCGUGCUACAACUGCGGAGUCAGCGGGCACCGGGCUCAGGAUUGUAAGCAGCCGGCCAUGGAUUUUAAUCAGCAAGGUACUUUCCGUCUGAAAUACGCGCCGCCGUCGGACGGUUUGGACUCCACGGACUAAUCCUUGCGACACUUUGAUUUGAAGACGGUGCCCAGCGGCCUCCUCCCCCUCACCCGUUCAUACGAGGGGGAAGCCCUGGCAUCACAAAGGUGCUUUUUUUUUUUUCUCCUGACCGAAGUGACGAUUCUUCAGGGAUUUUUAUUUCUGCGUUGCCAAAUUCAGCUUCGAGGAUUCGUUUUUAACAGAAGCGCUUUGCACCGGGGCCCCUGUAAAGCUGCGGGUCUAAAGCCUGCGCGGCGGCGGAGGAGAACCCCCGAGGAAGAACCGACUUCGUUCUCCGUCUUCACCCACAUCUUAAACUUUUCUAGGGCAGCUACAAUAAAUGUCAAUGUAAACCCGAGAGGUAAGUCACAAACGUGUGUCUCU